UUCACAAUCUUUCUUUCCCUCACUUCACAAACAAAACUCCAAUUCUCUCCUCCCACUCUCUAAAAUCAAACACAACUUUUAUUUCUUUUUUCUCAAGAACAUGAUGAGUUUCACGAAGAACUCAAGAACGCACCAACACACAAAUUGAUUGAAGCUCAAGGAUCUUUCUCCCUCUCAUCACCGAAUCAUCACCAUGCGGUCUCUUAUUUGAUCCACCUUCUCCGUUGUGCUCCUUCGUUCCGAGCAGCUCCCUCCGUCAAGUGAUUUCCGCGCCGCCGAUCACCGCCACGGACCAGCGUUUCUCUCUCUUCGUCUUGUGCCAUGAAGACUGCUCCCUUUUGCCGCUUCUGGUCGUGAAUCGCGGCCUCCAAUUCCGUUUCAGCCUCCUCUUCAUCUUUUCGGUAAUGCCGCAAUCCUUUAGUCUUUGUUUCAAUUGCUCGCAUUAUGGAUGAAUUUGGUAAUCAUUGUGUGUAGUUGAUAAUAGAUAUUGAAUUGAAGUUUGUUGAUAUUCGUUGCUUGAUUCUCGAGUCGAUUUGUGUUGCGGUUCAAGUAUUAGAUGCUGAAAGUUGAUUAGAAUUAUGGUUUAUACGAAGAUUUGAGCACUUGAAUUGGUAAUUGAACAUGAGAAUUGAUGAUGAUGUGGUCGUUUGUUAUGGUUAAUUCCGCUGGAUGUUUAAUGGUGUGAAUUGUUGUGUGCAUAAAUAGAUAAGAGUUGUUCAAGGUGUGGUUGAUGGAUAUUUGUUGUGAAUUUUCGGUGUUGAUUGUUGUUGUAGUUUGUUUAAGAAAACUAGUGAAAAAUAUGUUGAUAUGAGCUAAGAUAGGGCUGAAAUUUUAAUGUGGAUUAUGUUGAUGAUAUGUCUCAAGUGCUUAUGAACUCAAAUGAAUGCAUACUACAUGUUUGAUGAGUUGAUUGUGAGAGAUGUGAUUUGAUCAAAGUUGCUUGAAUAGUGAAUAAUAUGGAUGUAGUGAUUAAUUGGUGAUACUUGCUCAUGAAUUGUUGUUGAUUUUGUGACUUGUUAGUGCUGGGAAUGUAUGGUGUUUUGUUGUUGUUUUAGAACCUCAAAAUGCAUAGAAAUAUGGUUGUAUGAACAUGCACAGUUUCUGGAAAAUUUAACAUGGUUUUGGUUGUGUUUUGAUGACAUUUUGGUGCUAUUUUGAUGAUGAAUCGUUGCUGGAUUUUUAAUGAUGUUUUGAUGUUGCUUUGGUGCUUUGAAAAUGCAUAAAAAACAUGUUGACAUAAGUGCUUAAGUGCUGAAAAUUUCGGCUACUAAUUGAUGAGGUUUUAGCAUGAAAAUUGGUUGGAAAAUAGCGUGUUUUAAAGGCUUGAAGUAGCAUUAGAAUUAUAUUUUUCUAAAAGUCUCAUGCUCUUGAAUUAUGGAGAUAAAGUGAUGAUGAGUUCAUGUGACUUAAAGUUUGGACAGAGCAGUGCCGUGUUUGAUUUGAAUAUGUACAGUUGUGAUUUAAUUGUGGGAAGUAAUACAUGUUAUUGUUUGAAAUUGUUGGAAAAUGAUAUGUUGGAAUAGGUAUUAGUUGUUGAUGGAUGUUGCUCAGCUUUGCUUAAUGAUACCUAUUGAUGAGUUUUCUUGUAGUAUGUUUGGUUGGUUUAGUUUUGUGCAUACUUUUUGCUAUGUUUUGUUGUAAUACACUUGCUGUCCCAUGUGGAGAUUGUUACUAAUUGUCAUUUUAAUAUGGAAGCAUGCUUGUCAUAACAUUGUGUUAGUAGUUAAAUGAUAUUUGCUCGAUUGUAGUUUGAUUUGACGACACUUUCAUGUUGCACACGCGGCUGCCCCGUUCGGGAAGUCAUACUUCGGUUCGGUUUUAAUAGUGGAAAUUGUUGGGAGUUUGUUCGAUAUUAGUAAUACUGGAAAGUUUCUGUGAAUUUCUUGAUGUUUGUUGGUUCAAUAAUGUAAGUGAGAUUCAUGUUGUCAAAAAUAGCGAUGCUGAAAAUUUAUUUGCACUAUGUUCAUGUGUUUUUUGGAUACUCGAGUUGAUUUUGUUGAGGGAGAAUGCUUGGCAAGGCUUGGUGUUUGUUUGUUAGUAAAUCAAGUUGUUGAUAAUGUUGCAUAAGUGUGGUAUUGGUUGAUUCUCUUAGGUCAUAAUUUGGUUUUGACAUUUGCUAAAAAUGUGAUAAAACUAGUGUGGUUGAGACUUGUUUCAUGAUUGUCUAAUGUUUGUUUUGUGCUAAUACUUGAGCUUAUCAUAUGAAAAUGUUUCAAAAAAAUAUGUGGAUUAAUGUUGAGGACUACUUGUUGUUUACUAUGUGAGAGCUUGUUUGGUGCACCAAAUUUCACUUGCAAGUAUAUGUUAUCCUUUGCCAAUUUUCAUGAAGCUUUGCAUUGAGUUGCUAGUGAUAUGAAUGUAUUUUUGGGACUGGUUUUUCAUCAUAAUAAUGCAGCAAAUUUGGCAUUCUAAUUGCUACUUGAAACCAUGUUUUGUGUCAUAAUUUCACUUGUAAACAUAUGUAACUUUGUGCUAAUUGUUGUGAGGUUUUCUCUUGAGUUUGUGUGUGAUUUGUGGUGAGCUUUAGGACUGUUUUAUUAUCACUAUUAUGCAGAAUUUUCCAUGGCUCCAUUGCACUAUGUUUCCAUUCUUUUAACUCAUGAAAAUUGGUCCUUUUGUUGCACUUUUGAUAUGAAACUAGUUGGUAUUGGUUGCUUGUUGUUUCUAAGUGAUAGAUAGUGUUUCUAUGUGCUAAUAAUUGACAUUUGAGCUGCUGCAACUUUCUGUUUCACAUAAUAUACUCAGUAUGCUCGGUUUGUGUUUUGUGUGCGCGUCGUGUCGGCUUCAUUCCAUUUUGCCAUAUCUUUUGAACCGCUUAUCGUUUUUGAUCAUGUGAAUAAUGUUUUUCAUACGUAACAAUAUUUUCGGAGCUGUUUGUAUAGUUUAUUUUUGGUUUCGGCCGACUUUUUUUACCGUUUUCGCUACUGCCCCUGUUCCGAAAGUCGUGCUUCCGGGCCGAUUUUGUAAAUUCCGACUCCAUAUUUGAGUUUUUGGCACGUUUCUAGCUUACCAUAAAAAUUUGGCUUAAUUCUGACGAGUUUAGUUUUCACUGUUUUUACCCGGUUUUGCCGUUUCGGUGUACCGUUGUGCAUGUAAAUAUUUGUGUUGGCUUCCGUAGUUUUAUUGUACAUAUUUGAUUUGCUUGUUCCUUCUUAUUCGCUUUUGUUAUGUUUUCACUUUCUAUUCCGUUAUCCAUUUCCGGUUCAGCUUAUAAUUCAAUAACGCAAUUCCGAUUGCAGUGUCUUGUUAUCUCUAACGUGUGUGCUAGUAUGCAAGGCAACAUGGAGGCUCUGGUCGAUACCCGCUCUCGUGUUCCGCUUUAUUUGCGGGACACGACAUUUAUCCUCUCUCUGAUUCGCGUUUCUACACGCAUCCUUUAUCAUUAUGCUUGCUUGUCCGGAUUUCUGUUUCCCUUGCAGGUGUAUGAUAUUCGUUGUGCCCAAUGCACACGUUGGCGCGUGAUUUACUUUCAUCGCGCCGACUCUUGAUUGCUCAUGCGGAUUUUAAUCGGAGUGCUGACAUGUUUGCUGUUGCUUUUGCUAGCUCGCUCGCGGGAUCCUAAUUUACUCGCUCUCUUCGCUUUAGUUUACGGAUCAUCAUCCGUUUGGUAUUGAUUUCGUUUCAUUUUAUUUCUCUCGCACUUUAUCGCUUUCUCGCAUCAUCCUUUAACAUGAGAAGUAGGACCUAGACAUGCAUCUGGCCAAGCCCUCGAAAGAGGCUCUGUUUUUGUUGGUGUGUUUUUAUUUGUGCUUUGCGGCAGGGAGUCACGGUGUAAUAAGUCCUAUAUGGCACUCCGUUAAGUCCUCAUGGAAGGCACGCGGAAAGGGUUAGCAAUCAACCCCCGCCCAGUCUCAUCGAGUCCGUUCAGUAUGCGCACGCUACGCGUCACUCGCUUCUGAACUAGUACAAGAUCUUGUUAUCGAGUAUGUCAGGAAAAUGGUUCAUAUAGCCGGACCCCCGCCUUUCCUAUAGCUCGCGUCGCUCGACGUUGAUUCUCGGUGUACGCACGCACCGUUUUCCUUUACGAUCCGUGACGGCUUGGUUGCUGAGAGGGAUCCGCUCCUCUUGUCUAUGGUCCGAUCAUUUUCGCGAGGUCUAAUGCUUGGUUGACUUGGGUUGAGCUGCUCCCCUUGGCUAUGGCGGGACCGCUUUUCUACCACUCGGUCAGUACCGUUGGUUUUGUUUGCUUUACGAGCGGAGCUCGUUUAUGUGAUACUAUUGUGUGCUUUCCCUUUUCCCCCGUAGGUUGCUAGUUUAGUUUAGACUUGUACCCUUUGUAUGAUAACAUUAGGUAGCAAGCUUUCCCCCUUAGCUUAGGUCUUCCUCAUGCAUUCUUUAAAACACAAAUCAAACUCUUUGAUUUUCUUUUCUUAAGAGCUUGUUAUUUCCGCUCCAUUCCCAAGCAUAAGUCUCCAAAGGUCGAGCAGCGGAGUGCAAAUGUAACUUGUUCACCUAAAAAACACAAAACAAACAGAAACUAGUUAGCCGAGCUACGGUAGCUCUGAUUCUGCAAAACAGAUACGUAGGCAGCGGGGUAGGGCCCGUGCGAGCAUAACUCUUUCUUUUCCCUACAUUUUGCAUGCAUUUUAGUCCAGAUUAGCGUAGAUUUGUUACACACCCAUAGAUUUAGACACUAGCGUGGAUACCAUCGAGUACGAUGGGCGCGAGGGGUGCUAACACCUUCCCCUCGCAUAACCGACUCCCUUACCCUUUUUUCUCUGGUCGUGAGACCGUUGUUUUGUUUUGUGGUUUGCUGACAUUCCCUUCCUUUUCAGGAUAAAUAUGUUAGUGGCGACUCAGUUAAUUUUCGCGGGUAGCGACAGCUGGCGACUCUGCUGGGGACGUCUCGACCUAUUGCGGGUCCGGACUUACCAAGUCGAUCCUAGCGCUUGUGUGUUUAUCUUUGGGUGCUUUACUGCUUUGCAUAUUUAUAUGUUUGCAUUGCAUUCUAUGUACGCUUUUACUUUUUGCAUCAUAUUCUGGACUGUCUGGAUCUUUGUUUGUUGGGUGGGUGUUUCAAGAGGUAAAAGGCCCAAUACCCAGGCUAUGAGUGAUAACAUAAGAACUAAGACUAAAGUGGCCGUGACGGACAGAAGGCGUAUGCCUGAUUGAUCUGAUCACGUAUCCACGGGCAGAGCUUGGUGGAAUGAGGCAAUAUCGUAUGAUAACGCCUACAUUCGAUCCUCUGUUGGUUUUUUGACCUACCCUGGCCUAGAUUUACCCGUGAGUGGGGCGGGAAUCAAUCAUUGCUUAACAGGUACAUUGUUGGUGACCGCUGUUCUUGUUCGUGGGUUACCGCUGCUCUCGUUCGAGUGUACUAUUGGUUCUUGUUCGUGGGUUACCGCUGCUCUCGUUCGAGUGUACUAUUGGUUCUUGUUCGUGGGUUACCGCUGCUCUCGUUCGAGUGUACUGUUGGUUCUUGUUCGUGGGGUACUAUGGUUCUUGUUCGAGUGGUGAUCUGUGUUCUAUUCCAGUGUGUUAUUGACUAUGGGCUUUGUGUAACACCCCAUAAUUUCAGUUUAUUAAUUUAAUUUGGAUUUAAAUUAAAUAAUUGGAAUUUUAGUAUUUUUAUUUGGAAUUAUUUGGAAAAUGAUGAAAUAUUGACAUUUGGGCCUAGAGUGGUGAUUAGCAGAAGAGGGGGUGUUGACUAAGCAAGCCCAUUAUAAUAAUUAUUUUAUUUUUCAUAAAAUAAGGAAUUUGGGGAAAAGAGGAAGGAGAAGCAGGAACUGAGUCUGAAGAAAGGAGAACACGUGAAAGUGAGAAGAGCCAAAGGGGAAGAGAACUUCGAAGAUUCGACUCUGAGAUUAAGGAUGUAGCGGCGUCUUGAUUGGGUGAAGAUAGCUUAUAGGCUAGCCCUUAGUCCGUGUCGAGUCAUGCUCUGAAUGUAACACUGGGGAACGCUAGUUUAGAGACGAGUUAUUAUGUCGGUCUUUGUUGUUUAUAAUUGUAUUAGAGAACUUGCAUGAAUGAUGAUGAUUAUGCAAUGUUAUGAAUUAUAAUCCGCUGUGUUGAACAUGAAUUGUAUUUAUGUUAAAUGGUUCCUCGUGUGGCAUGACAAAUGACUAUAGUAUUUUAUGUUAAAGAAGUUGUGACAUCCUUGUAUUUCAUGUUUACUCUGAAUUUUUAUUAUAUUUUCCGUGGGGGUUUUAGAAGGGUGUUACAAUAGUGGUAUCAGAGCAUUGUCGGUCCUUGCGACCAGAGUCUUGUUGUUAAUUUCCUUUCGGUAUGCGACAUGUGUGUGAAACACUGUCGGUACUCAGUGUGUUCUAAAUGUUUGCUUGCAGAAGUGGGAUUGAAACUAGUGGGGGAGAAGUCAUGCUUCUCGGAUAUGUCUCAGAUGCAAGAUGUUAGAGAGAUGCGUGGGGCAGUAGUACAAGAGUGUGGAGUUAUUGCUUUCUGAAGCGAAGGUGACAUGGACUGAAGACCGUGGUUGUUGUUCAGUCGGAGUGUCUCGGAGUAGAUGAUGGUUAUUUCUGAGAAAUGGAAUUUGGAAGUUGUGAUGCCUCAAGUGCUACUGACGUACUGCGAUGUUGUUGUAUGAGUAGCCCUAUGUAAAAGGUUGUUGUUGAAGCAGUGAUUAAAAGAAGUAUUGUCGUAGACCUUGUCGUAGGAUUACUAGUAAGUAAUUGAGAUGAUGGGAGAGGUUAUCGAUGUUGUUGAGAAAGUUUCGAAGUGCGAGUAAUGCAAAGAGACGAAUAUGAUCUCAAGGAUAAGAAGGUUGAUGAUGGCGUACACGAAUUUGGUUUCAGGAUGUUGCAGAAAUCGAACUUCAGCGAUGAAAUGUGUUGUUUAAGUUAUAAGAAGUUUGGAAGCGAAGAGAUGUGAUAAGAUGAUGUUAAUAAUGAGAUUAAUUUGAAGAGGAUGAGUUCUGGAGCAGAAUUUUCGUAAGCAAAUCGCAGGAAGAUUGCUGAAUCGUUAUGAAACUUCGAAAAUUCAUAACUGGAGUUCUGGACAUCCGAUUUGAGUUCCGUUUGAAGCGUCGGAAAGCUAACGAGAUGAACCUUGUUAUAAAAAUGGUUGCAGCAGCUGUAACAUAUUUAAUUGUGUUAGGAUGAUGUUAGAAAGAGGUGAAGUUACGGUUACACUUGUCCUUAGAACUAGAUUGUUCGUUGGUGCGGCAUGGGAUGUCAGUGUCAGAGUUAAACAGAAUAAAGGAAUAAUGAGGAGGCUUGUUGAGAAGCAAUCUUAGAGAUUAAAUGUGCCAAUUGAGAAGUUUUGGAGAUGUCGUAUAGAGUUUCGUUGCAUGGUAUCGGUAUUGUAUCUUGGGUAACGGUUGGAAACAUUCAUAUCUUGAACUUUGAGUAUCGGAUUAGGGUGUCGUUUGAGACUACGAAGAGGUGAGAUUAUGUUAUAACUUGUGGAAGAGUUAUAAAUACAGUAGAGUGGUCCUAUGAGGAGAUAUUAUGAUGUUGGAUAAAGAAGCCUAGACCAGUGUUGAAAUAGGAAUGCUUAUUACCGCGAUUGUUCGGAACGAAGUCGAGUAGAAUAUGUCCUUAAUAAAUAAGCGGAUAAAGAUGAUUUAAAUAUUGAUGGAUUUGAGUGAUGAAGGAAUCAGUAGAAAAAGUGAAAUAGACUUUGGAACCAUUUGUGGUAUAUUGUGAUGCGUCGUUGAUGGGUUUGGAUGGUGUAUUGAUGUAAAACCAGUAAGUAGUAACUUAUGCGUCGAGACGAUUGAAAGCGCAGGAAAGGAAUUAUCUGACUCAUGAUUUAGAAUUGGCAGCCAUGGUUUGUUUGAAGUUGCAGUAACAUUAUUGGUAUGGUUCGAGGUUGCCUCUAAAAAUGUCGAUGCUGAUGGUGAAAGAGUUGGAUUUAAUUGAACAAUUCAGAGAAUUAAGUUUGGUAUGUGAAAGUGCUCCUAAUAAUGUUAGAUUGGGUAUACUGAAACUGACUAAUGGUAUUCCUGACGAGAAUAGAGAAAGUCAGAAAGCUGAUGUUGAGUUGAUCGAUAAGUCGACCUUGGAUUACAAAGGUAAAGACGGCGAAUUCAGAAUUAACGAGGAUGGUGUAAUGAGGUCUAGAAGUCGCGUUUGCGUUCAAGAUGCUACCGGGUUGAGAAUUCUAGAAGAAGGACACCGUAGAGAAUUAGACAAUGUUAAUGAGUUGAGUAUAAACUCAGGAAGGACACUAUUAUGUAGUAACAACGGUUUAUGCUUAAACAUGAUUGUCGGCUAUCUAUUGACAAAUUGAGGACUUGAUCACCCUUAAUCUCUUGUUGAUAGUAGGCGGAGUCAUAUAGAUAGUAUGAGAUUGCUUGUUACCUUAAUGGUAUAAGAUGUGGUGAAGGUUGAGAGGUGAGAAUAACCACUCACCAUAUUGUGGGAACUUAUGAGGAAGUGAAUAUGAAGGAGUGCAAAGUAUUGGACGGUGACUUAAGACGAGUAGUCGUAGUCGUACAGCGAAAGUAUGAUGUAAAGUGGUGUUAUGAGUGCUACUCGUGAGUAGUGAGAAUUAAUAUGUCGGGGUUCUACAUGGAGAAUAUGUGUUUAUCUAUAUGUUGGGUUUAGAAUCUCGUGGACGUGAGGAUGUCGUGCCAAAGGAUUAUGACCUUUUGAAUAAUUGCCGAGAUGAUGGAUAUCCUAUUAUGGUUGAAUGUAGUUAAUGAGUAUGUGUUCGAAGAAUGUUAAGACAACGAGUUGAUACUAUGUAAUGCCAUAAUAAUUUUGUACUGUUGUAAGGUGUUAUGUAAAUUUAUGAAUAUAAUGUGGAAUUAUACUCUGCGAAGGACGAAGUUAAUCUGAUUCUUAGUGGAGAGUGGGACUCAAUUGAGCUACCUUGUAAGCAAUGGUAUAUUGAGGAUAAUGAGCUAUGUAAUUAUAACUACUGAUGUGUGCUUGUUCCGAUAGUGGGAAUGUUUUUAAUAGAUGAAGUAACUCGGGAAUUUGCUUUGAGUAAGUGUAAGUAUUACUUUAUCGCUCAAUUGCAAGAGUGUGCCUAAGGUUGGUACGUGAGUAAAUGGAAUCCAUUACUACAGUGUUGAUCAGUUGCGAUCAUACCAUGGAUUAUGUAAUUGUAUUAUUCAGUUGUUGAGUGUAUUGUAUGGAUCGUACCUCGAAGUUUCAUUGUCGUUAAUCGUUGGAGUAUAGCGAGUGGUAUACCCUGGGAUGGUCAGAUGCGAAGUAAGGGCGGAGAUUGAAUGCAUGAGAUAUGCUGGUGUUGGUUAUGUCAGAUGAAUUUUGAGACUCGACUAAGAAGGUGUUAACGGAGAAUGGGAGAGAGUCAAAUGAAGUACUCUUAUCUGGGACUUUACUUGAAGUAUGUUUUCGAGGACGAAAACUCUUUUAGUGGGGGAGAGUUGUAACACCCCAUAAUUUCAGUUUAUUAAUUUAAUUUGGAUUUAAAUUAAAUAAUUGGAAUUUUAGUAUUUUUAUUUGGAAUUAUUUGGAAAAUGAUGAAAUAUUGACAUUUGGGCCUAGAGUGGUGAUUAGCAGAAGAGGGGGUGUUGACUAAGCAAGCCCAUUAUAAUAAUUAUUUUAUUUUUCAUAAAAUAAGGAAUUUGGGGAAAAGAGGAAGGAGAAGCAGGAACUGAGUCUGAAGAAAGGAGAACACGUGAAAGUGAGAAGAGCCAAAGGGGAAGAGAACUUCGAAGAUUCGACUCUGAGGGACAUUCAGGAGUUCACCCAAGUUGAAGAUGGACAUUCUCACUGAUACUGUCAAAGAACGCACGAGGCAUACCAGAGCUUACAAGAUUCCGGAUAUUGAUGUUUCCGGGUUGAUUGGUUUGAGUUCUCGGUUGAAAGGGGAGGUUCUCCGUGACUUCAAUCGUGAUUAUGGCAAUUUGCUCUCCAUCCUCAAUACAUCUUUUGAUCCGAUGGCUUUGAUCACCCUAUUUCAGUUCUAUGAUCCGCACUUGAGAUGUUUUACAUUUUAGGACUAUCAACUGGUCCCAACGCUCGAGGAAUUUUCUUACAUAGUCAACAUCCGAAUCACUGAUGAUGUACCUUUUGUUCGAGUUCCCAAGGUUGUGAGAUUUGAACAAAUAGCUGAAGCUCUUCACAUGGGUAUAAAGGAGGUGGAAAGAAAUUGGAAGUCAUCGGGCGGUGUUUCUGGUUUCUAUCUUUGCUUUCUGAUUAGUAGGGCUGAGGAUGCGGCUAAGAAGGAGCAGUGGGUUGAUUUUAGUCGUUUGCUUGCUAUCAUGAUUUAUGGUAUUGUCUUAUUCCCAUCAAGGGAGAACUUUGUGAGUUUGGCGGCGAUCUGUGUCUUUAUGAACAAAAACCCCGUGCCAACGUUGCUUGCAGAUGUUUAUUUUUCAAUCCAUUCGAGAAGUAAGAAGGGAGGAUAUGUUGUUGGUUCUUGUCUUCCGUUGUUGUAUUAGUGGUUCAUGUUGCAUUUGCUAGUGAGAGGACCUUUUGUGCUUAAGAAGAGUUCUCUUAAGUGGUCAGAUAGGAUUGUUAACCUCACAUCUUAUGACAUCAGGUGGAAUUAUUGUGUGGGGAAGGUUUGGAACAUCAUCACUAGUUGCGGUCAAUAUCCCAAUGUUCCCCUCAUGGGAACCAAAGGUUGUAUUAGUUAUAAUCCCACGCUCGCCUAUCGUCAAUUGGGAUAUGCAAUGGAAAAGGCUCAGAAUGAUGUAGAAGCGUUUGAAUCAGUGUACUUUGCUGAUGGUAAAGAUCCUCUGGAGCUAGAGAAGAUAGCGUAUGCUUGGACUAAAGUCCAUAGAAGGGAUCGGACUACUUUGAGCAAGAAGGUUCCUAUUGCUAUGGGUCCUUACAGGAAAUGGGUUGAGGCAAGAGUGGCAAAUCUGUUGCUGCCAUUUGUGAGGUCAUGUCCAUUGUAUGAGCAACCUCCCGUGGUUUUAUCUGAUACAGUUGCGGCUGAACUCUAUUCAGGCCGAAGCGGACAACAUCAAGCUAAAAGCAAAGGACAAUGAGGUUGGUUUGGAGAGGUAUUUUCAAGAUCACGAAAAGGCGGAAUUGGCUCGUAAGCUCAAGCAUGCGGAAGGUGAAGGUUCAAACAUGACACGUGCUCAAAGGCGAUCUCAUGACUUGAUGGAAGAAAGCUUGUACCGAAAACAACAGGAAUGUGCGAAGUUGCGAAGGUCCGAAAACAAUAGCAAGAGAAAGGUGCAGGAUUCAGAAAAGCAAUUGAUGGAAGAAAAAGCCAAGUCGGCUCGACUUGAAGAAGAGCUCGCAAGCCUCCGAGCCCAGCGGAGAGGAGAUGGAGGAGCUCAUUCUGUUAUUAGACGAUCCUAGUGUUGCUGUGGAGUGGAUCUGUUUGGUCCAUGAUGUCGAUUUACUGUUUAUUUUGAUAUUUGUUGCCCAUGUCCAGGAUUGUUGGAUGGUGUCGCAUUUUGUUACGCUGGAUUUCUUUUGUAUGCCUUAUGAGCACAUUGUGACACGAUUAUGUGUUUUGUUUGUAUGAACUCAAAUUUGGAAUUAUGUUUGAAUGAAAUAUGCUCAAUUUGAUGAAGUAUUCUCGUGUGUGGAUUGUUAUUCAAAUAUAUUCGGUAUCAGGGUUGCUAUGUCCUAUCUGAAAGUGGGAUGAACUCUUGGAUACCUGAAAAUUGACAAACAUUUCAUGCAUAUCAUUCAUAUAUCAUACAUGUCAUACAUUUGCAGGCUUUGCAGGUCUUAUAUAUUAUGUCUUGCUGUUUUGUUAUCAGAAGGAGUUCUAAGACGGCUAAUCACCCGUAUCCGACUAGGAGCAAUCAGAGAAGGCAGAUGGAACAGAUUCAGGAACAGAUGGCAGAGAUGAGAGCUCAAUUGACGGAGCAGAUGAAUGCACAGAUGACGCAGUUCAUGGAGGCGUUGGCUAACGUCACCAGGGGUCAAGAGGAUUUGCGAGUUCUCGUCGAGAACUCUAGGAGGACUUAAAAUGUAUGGUUUGUUUGAUGAUGUGUCAGGCCGUAUUGAUGAUCAUCAUGAUGAGAAUGAGUUCAGGCGUCCUAACUAUGUGCCUUAUAAUCCUUUCAACCAGAAUCAAGGUUUCCCUCCACCACCUCCAUCUCGUCUGUUGGGGAGGAGAGAUAAUCAGAACCGUGGUAAUCAGGAUUUCAACUUUGAGAACUUUGAUCAGGUAUCAAGGCAUAGUGUUGAGGGUGCGCAUGAUGAAGUUGAAAGGUAUCGUCUGAUUGAGGAACGUCUCAGGGCUGUUGAAGGCAAAGGGGUGUUAGGCAUGAAUAUCAAUGACUUGGGGUUGGUUCCUGGUGUGAGGAUUCCACCGAAGUUCAAAGUUCCAUCUUUUGACAAAUACAAUGGAGCGACUUGUCCUAUGACUCAUGUUAAGGCGUAUUACCGGAAAAUGUCUGUGUAUUCCGAAGAGGAGGGCUUUCUAAUGCACUUCUUCCAAGAUAGCUUGGCUGGAGCUUCUUUGGAGUGGUAUGUACAACUCGAGCGCACUCAUAUUCACUCAUGGAGAGAUCUUGUGGAGGCUUUCAUUAAGCAUUAUCAAUAUAAUGUUGACAUGGCACCCAAUCGAACCCAGUUUCAAGGUUUGGUGCAAGAGUCCAAGGAUUCUUUUAAAGCAUACGCUCAGAAAUGGCGUGAGUUGGCAGCAAGAGUGCAACCUCCUAUGACUGAGCGUGAGAUGAUUGAUAUGUUCACAAGCACUCUGUCGGGACAUUACUAUUUGGCUUGUAGUACGUCUGCAAGUUUUGCUGAAAUGGUUAGAUGUGGUGAACGUGUUGAGAUGGGCUUGAAAAUGGGAAGGAUUCAGAUAGGCACUUCUUCUGGCGCCGCGAGUGGCAAGAGACCAUCGGAGGGGUAUGCCAGAAAGAAGGAAGGAAAUGCUGACGCUGUGUAUGGAAGAGGAAACCAAGGAAGAAGUAACUCCCAGGUGAAUGUUGUUACUAUUCUUGUGCCCCAACAACAACAACAGCAAGGACAACGUCCUCAGUAUCAGAACAAUCGAUACCCUCCGAGGACCAGACCUAACAGGCACUUUGAUCUGAUUCCUAUGACAUAUGCUCAGUUGUUGCAGCACUUGCUCAAUAUUGAGAAAAUCACGUUGAGGGAUGCUCCAAAUGCUCCAGACAGACAAUCACAAAGCUAUAACGCGAAUGCCCGUUGUGCGUUCCACUCUGGUGGUGUGGGGCAUGAUACUGAAAAAUGCAUUGCUUUGAAAAACAAGGUUCAGGACUUGUUAGAUCAAAAAGUCAUUCAAUUCACUCCAGUACCCAAUAUUGUCAAUAAUCCGAUGCCAACUCACGGAGGCUCGGGUGUGAAUGCCAUUGAGAGUGAAGAGAUAAAUGUUGUAUCUGAUGUGAGCUGUUUGACUUUUCCCCUUGUGUCUGUGAAGCAACAUCUGGUAAAUAGCGGCAUCUUCCCGGGUUGUGGUAUCAAUUGUAAGAAUUGCAAGAGUCAACCUGAGGGCUGUGCUGAUUUGAAAGGUAUGGUACAAAAACUGAUGGAUGAGGGUCCUCUUUAAUUUUACCGAAGGUUGAGAGGCACGAAGAGUGAGAAUGGUGAAGUAUCUGUGAUUUCAAUUCCUUAUGAGCCUGUUGUUCCAAUAUGUAUCCAAGUGCCUAUUCAGAUACCUUUCAAUAUCCCAUAUGAGGAACAACCAGCGGCGUUGAUGAUUACCGUGCCAGGACCAGUUCCUUAUGAGAGUGAGAAGGCCAUUCCUUGGCAUUAUGGUUCAGACGUGUAUUACUAUGGCACGAAGGAAGAGGGUGAGCCGUCUAAAGAGAAACUUGUGGAAGCUGCAGUUGCAAAUGCUAAUAAUUUCGCCGGUACUGGUAGGAUCACUCGCAGUGGUAGGGUGUUCUCUCCUCAGCUAGUACAAAACAAUGCAGAUGCUUCGGCUAAGGCCAAAGGCAAACAAGUGGUAACUGAUGUCCAGAAUUCUCCGAUUCAGAGUGGGGAACCUGAUAAUGAUGUAUCUUCCAAGGAUGUGGAGGAAUUGUUGAGAAUCAUCAAGAAGUCUGAUUACAAAGUUGUUGAGCAGUUGGGUCAAACCCAAUCAAAGAUUUCCAUCUUGCAAUUACUGAUGUGUUCGGAAGGUCAUAGAGAUGCUCUCUUGAGAAUUUUGAAUGGUGCCUACGUGCCACAAGAAAUAUCUGUGAACCAAUUAGAGGCGGUGGCCAAUAAUAUUUCAGCUGGAAAUGGUUUGGGAUUUACUGAUCGUGAUCUUCCUCCUGAGGGGAGAAACCACAACAAGGCGUUGCAUAUUUCAAUGGAGUGUAAGGGGACGACUUUGUCUCGUGUGUUGGUUGAUACUGGUUCUUCCUUGAAUGUGCUUCCCAAAUCGGCCCUUAUGAGAAUUGACUAUGCUGGUGUUGAGUUGAGGCCCAGUGAGUUGGUGGUACGCGCUUUUGAUGGUUCAAAGAGGUCUGUGUUCGGAGAAGUAGAUCUGCCAAUCCAAGUUGGUCCUCAGAUCUUCACCACGACCUUUUAUGUGAUGGAUAUUCAACCUGCUUACUGUUGUCUAUUGGGACGACCCUGAAUUCACAAGGCUGGCGCUGUGACAUCCACUCUUCAUUAGAAGUUGAAGUAUCCGGUUGAUGGU